GCCGGCUUGUUGUAAUAACUUUACGUGUUUGGAAAACACAGGAAAACUUCCCGUCAGGAUGUUUUCCCCGUAGGGGUUUUGCGGCCAAGCAAAUGGUUUAAAAGAGAUGUAAAAUGAUUUCGUGGGGCUGCAAACCUGUGGAACGCUGUUAUGCUGCCCGGCCGUGCGGCGACGUGGUAAUGGUUAGGCCGACGUUGCCCCAGGGGUCGGCGUGUACGCUUCAGGCCCCAGAAGUGAAGCAGGCAGACACUAGACGGCAGGACGAGUCGGUCCUCGUUUCCACCCCGCACAUUGUCCCUCGAGGAGGCCAGGCCAUCCUUGUAAAGCAGCCUUCCCACUGGCCAGGAGGAAGACACGGCUGUCCUCGCGAGCUGCAGGACCUCCCUUCACAGAGGAUAACUCUAGAAGGAUUCCUUCCGGCCAAGCUGCAGUGCAUAGCUUGAAUUACUCCGUAUUUAACAUGAAUUAUUAAACUAAAAUACAUGAUGAAUUCACUGAUACCUUAUAUACAUGUAUACUAACAAAUAAAAUAAA